GGAAAUGAUAAUUCCUUCGAUUUUUCACGCGAUCCCAUUGGAAAUUCCGCAACUACCGCGAUAAAUUUGUCAAAUUAUGUGUUUCAACGCUCGAAUUUUUUAUAUAUUCUUCCUGCAAUUUUUUACACGAGAUAUUGAUAAAAAAUUAUUGAAAAAUAUAGUCAUGACUAUUGCAAAUAUUUAGAAAUUUCAUCCAUUCCCAAGCCGAAGGUCAACGUAGCCUCGAAAAAUACAGCCUUCAACGCGAGUAUGAAUCUAACGCCGGAUAAGCAGAGCAUGAGAUCCAUUAAUUGUAGAAUAUGUCACGAAGACAGCAAUACCGAGGAAUUAAUUGAUCCAUGCGAGUGCUCAGGAACAGUGGGUCUGAUACACACCAGCUGUCUAGAGAAAUGGCUAACAACUUCAAACAGCGCACGAUGUGAAAUAUGCAAGUACGCCUUUCCGAUAAAGAAGAAGGAUAAACCAUUAACGCAGUCAAUUUGGCAAUGGUGGCUAUCGAAAAAUGGCUACGGACCCCAGGGGAUUGGUGGUGACCUAGUCUGUCUAGUUGUCCUGACUCCACUUUGCAUCGCUGCAACUUAUCUCUGCGGAGUUGGUGCAGCAGUUUACACACGUAAUGGAUUCUGGGAGGGCACGGGAUUGGCUGUGCUCUGCUUCAUGCUCGUAGCCACCUACGCAUUAUGGUUGAUCGUCACAGCAAGAUUUCACUAUAAAUCCUGGCGAGACUGGUGUCAUUGCCAUCAGGAUGUCAAGCUACUUGUCAAGCAUCGGCCGCUGCAUGUGCAUACGGAAAUGAAAAAUGAUAAAAUUUCAGUAAAAUUGGAGAACAAUGGUAGCGCCAACAGACAAGUUACUACGAUUGAUCACUAUCGCAACGCCGAGAGACUGAGUCCUUGGUUUGCCAGGUUGAUCGCUCGCUUUGGCAAUCCCUGCCAUGAAUUCCACCAAACUACGUGGGUCUAAUCAUCGAGGACAGAGUCGCACUCAUCUCGAGUCAAUUCUACCUCGCCGAUGUGCCAAAAUAAUUAUCCUGUCUUAGUCUCUUUUUAAAUGCACAAUGAAAUUAUGUAUUUUAAAUGAAAAUUUUGUUUUAAUACUAAGUAACUCAAUAUUUAUUUUUUUAUAUAAAUAAGGGAAUAUUCGCAGAUGUCCUAGACGGAGAAAAAUUAUUUUGCUUUCGGUGGUUUUAUCCGCUUUCACGGAUAAUUGCGAAAGUAAAGUAGUAAAUGAUGAGCAACAAUUUUUUAUUGUGAGAUCCAUCUCUCCAUAAUGUCGCAGGAUUCAUCACAAUAAAAUAUUCAGUCUUACCGAAAUUUUGAAAAUAAAUAAUACAGUAAUUACUGCAAGUUCAGUAAUUUCUUGUGAGAACGAAAAUACUAUUUGACAUG